UAUUAUUUUUGGGUGUCUUUGUUAAUUUGCUUUUCCAUUUUCAUCUUCAUGCAUUGCUUUCCUUCGUCGUCCCCUCCAAGGACGACGACGGAACUGUCUUUGUAUCCACCACGAAAAUAAAUUUCUUCCCUCUCCAUUUCCUUUUGUUUCUCUCAGAUUUUAGUUUUGGCAAAGAAGAACAAAUUAAAAUGUCUUUUCUUGCACCUUGUCAAAUCUUGGAGCUGAAUAUUAUUUCGGCCCAAGAAUUAGCGCCUGUGGCACGGUGUAUGAAGACCUAUGCUAUCGCUUGGAUUGAUCCAGAGCGUAAAUUGACGACUCGAGUCGACAAUACGGGUGGAACAAGCCCUACAUGGAACGACAAGUUUGUGUUUCGUCUUGAUGAGGAAGCACUCUACGAUGCCACAUCAAUAGUUGUUAUAGAGAUCUAUGCAUUACAUUGGUUCAAAGACAUUCAUGUUGGCACGGUACAAGCCUUAAUAAGUGACCUUGUCAGCCCUUCUUCAGCUAUGAGAUUUGUUACCCUAGAGGUUCUUCGUGCCUCGGGCCGCCCUCACGGCCUCCUAAACAUUGCGGUGGGGCUUAUCGAUAACUCGGGCCAAAGCAUGCCUCUAUUGUUUGAAGAAGAUUUGUUGUUUCACAAGAAAAACAUAUCUUCAAAACCUGUAGGGCUUCGACGGUCGAAAAGCGAUACAAGCUCAAUGGUGGAUUCGCCAAGGAAGGUGACACAAUCCCGUGUGAGUUCUACUACAAACUCAGGUUUUGAGAAAGAUGAGUUUUCAUCUGACUCUCAGAUGGUUGUGUACGAGCCCCAGAGGAAAACACCAAAUACAUUGUUGAGGCAAAAAAAGCAACAAAUCGUGUAUGGGACACCGAUGAGGCCAAGGAACAAGACAGCAUAUACUCCCAAAAGAAACAAUAUCGAAUAUGGAACACCAAUGAGGUCAAGACCGAUCGUUAUUACCGAGUCUGAUUUGGGUCCUUCAGCCUCAGUGGUUGCUGCCCAAAUUGCAAAGGAGAAGGCUCUUACAGGGAAAGAUGCGGAAAGUACUGUGAUAAGUGUUGGUGAACGAAGCGUUGAGGGUCUUCGUUCUAAGCUAGAAAGGUGGCAAGCCAAUCUACCAGUGGUUGUAGACGUGGGUUCAAGUUAUCAACCAAGUUCUGACUACAAAACAAACUCUAACUUCAACCCUAAAUCAAGUUACAAGCCCAAUGAAAUCGUCCCAAGAAAUACUCAGAUGGUUGGAGCUCCGCUCGCGAAGCAAGGUGGGAGGAACAACAAGAAAGGAGGAGAUAAUGGAUUGUUUUCUUGUUUUGGUAACAUUUGUGGCAUUGAGUGUUCCAUUGUUUGUGGUGGUGGCUCUAGUGGACAAAAAGCAUCCAAGAAGAAGAAGAAAAAGAAGUGAAUAAAAACUUCAACAAAUAUUCCUUCAAUUCUAAAUGAUUUAUUUCUCAUUAUAUUUCUCUAUUUUUCAAGCUUGUCGAUUUUGCUACUCAAUCAUGAAAUUUAUACUAGUAAGCCAGGGAAAAAGGUACUUUUAUUUAUCCCAUUACAUUUUCUAGUAAACAUGAAAAAAUUUGGUUCAAGCCGUUAUGAUUUCAAGAAUAUUAAAUACUUAUGUCAAUCAUUUUUCAUUAAGAAAAAGGUGUACAUGUAGAUUCUUUUUUU